GUUAAAAUUUAUAAAUUCAAGAUGACGGCUUCCAAAUAUUUUUUUUGUUUUUGUAUAAAUGACGAUAACUCCGUUGUUAUCAACACAAAACUAUUACUGCGACAUAUCAUCUGUGAGAGAAAAAAAAAGUUAUUUGUAACUAAGUCAUAGUGAGGUAUGACCUGCAUUCGAAAAACAAAAGUUGGUGCUGAUAUCUCAAAUUCUAGAAGAGUUGGUAUAAAUUUCAUAUUUUUUUCGAAAUCACUCAACAAAAACGAAUAGAUUUUAUCAAAAUAUUUUUUCACAUUAUAGUUGGCCUUGACAAACUCCACAUUUGGCGUCAUUUAACCGACCUAGUAUCUCUCACCGUUAAAAAGAUACCCAUGGUGAGCAUGGUAAGUGGGACACACUGUAUAAUAUACUAUUUUCUGUGCAGCUCCCAAUAACGGCUCCGUUGGCCAUCCCGAACACACCAACCGAGUGGAAAUAUCCAGCAAAUCCGAAAACCUCCACAUGGAGAUGCCACCGUGUCCAGCAUCGGUGGACAAGCUGCUGCCGUCCAGGAAGGAGAAGAAAGAAAGCCUGGCAGCGAAAAGGGAGCGGAAAGCUGCCAAGACUCUCGCCAUCAUAACGGGAGCUUUCGUCAUGUGCUGGCUGCCGUUUUUCAUCCUGGCCCUCCUGUUGCCUCUCUGCGGGGAGUCUUGCAAUAUCAGCGGGUACAUAAUGAGUUUCGCCUUGUGGUUGGGCUACUUCAACUCCACCUUGAAUCCUGUCAUCUAUACGAUUUUCAGUCCGGAGUUCAGGCAGGCGUUCAAGAGGAUCUUGUGUGGAGGGCAUCGUGCUGGAAGGACUAACAGGUCGGGAAAGAUGAGAUAAAAUAAGAGGAUUCUUGUGCGAGGACCUGACGGUGUCGAAUAUUGGGUGAUGGUUUAUUUGUGACAUUGAUCGUUGCUUCUAUUGAAACGGAUAACGUGUAGAUUCGUUCUCGGAGGUCAUUCAUGGAAUCCCCA